AUGCAGAGCGCCUCCUCCCCUCUUUAUUGCAACCAAAAUUUGCAGAAUACAAGAGCACAAGAAGACUUUCGUUGCGCUACUACUGCGAAACGAACAAGACUAGCCCUACCCGUACGAUUUUCUCUCUUCCCGUACUGGUACACUAUCUUCUAUAAAGACUAUGCAGAAGUCGCUCCGAUAUUGCAUGCUCUAGCGUGGUACUUUCUUCACGAAGAGCUUCUAAGAGCAAUUGACAACCAGUUCAUGCUUGGUCUCAGGAUCCUCAUCACCACUACCCUAGCCCCUAUCCUUCGAGCCUCCCCAGGAGUCUUCCUAAGUAUUGGCCAAGGAACGAAAUGGUAUACUUACAACGACAUCAAAUACUCAAGCGGAUAUAAUGUCACGCUCGACACACCACCAGUGCACAUUCCUGUGAAUGUCAAGACUAGUAGCAUUAUUCUGAGCCAAAUGCCGGAAGAAGAUGACGGCAAUCAAUCCUCGGAAUUCGGUUAUAGCGCUAGAUGA